CAAACUUCGAACGUCGAUACGUUGUUGGUAGAUUAAGAAAGGAAGAAACGAACAAAUUGUCAUCAAAAAUGGCAAACAUAUCAGCUGCUGAGAAAAAUGCUGAACGAAGAAAACGGGUGUUUGUCGGCACACUACCACCAGACUUUCUGCGCAUAACAGCUGCUUCACAGCAGCAGCAAGAAGCAGCCGACCAACAAGCUGCUCUUGCCUUGCAGCAGCAAAUGGUUGGAGUUCCUUAUGCCCACAAUACUGCUGGAAGAUUAAGCAUAACUGUAGCACAGGCAAAGUUGGUGAAAAACUAUGGUAUUUCACGUAUGGAUCCAUAUGUGAGACUGAGAGUGGGCCAUUGUGUUUAUGAGACUCAUACUGAUCCAAACGGUGGGAAAAACCCACGAUGGAAUAAAGUUGUACAGUGCCUUCUACCACAAGGAGUGACUUGCAUUUAUCUUGAAAUCUAUGAUGAGUGUUCCUUCACAAUGGAUGAACUGAUUGCAUGGGCACAUGUCCCAAUUUCACAGGCAGUCUUAAAUGGUGAGACUCAUGAGGAUUGGUACCCUCUCAGUGGCAAGCAGGGUGAGGGCGUGGAGGGUAUGAUCAACCUCGUUCUCAGUUAUUCAUUGGCACCUGCCCAACCUUCAUAUGCCCUAUACCCUUCAGUAGGACCUGUGGUAAUGGUGCCAACACCUAUGUAUGGAGUGCGCCCCUCAUAUGCUCCUGUGUCAGUGUAUACUGCUCCACCUACUCAGCCACCUCAGCCGGCUCAGCCUCCGCAACUUUCUGAGCAGGAGCUAAAACAGAUUGAAGAGAUGUUUCCAAACAUGGACAAGGAAGUUAUCAAAUCUGUAUUUGAAGCCAACAGAGGAAAUAAGGAUGGUACAGUGAAUUCCCUUCUACAGAUGUGUGAAUGAAACACUAGCUAACACCGUGAGAAAAUAUUGUCAUGAAAUAGAGUGGGCCAGGUACUCUUUGAUCAGUAUUAUGCCUGCUCUUCAUGGAAACAUGCUGUUGUAGGUUUUCAUUUCAUUCUCGUAAAUAAUAGUUUUUAUUUCUACUCCUGUCUAAGAAGCCAGACCAAAGUAUUUAAUUAUUAUGUGUUUAUGAAAAGAUAAUUGUGUCAUGUUAAUGAGUCUCAACACAACAGGUUUUUGGAUUGAAAACUCAUAAUCAUUGUUUGUACCUGGGUUAAAUUAUUCCUACUGAAUUUAUUAUAGAGCUUAGCAAUAAUGCAAUAUCCAUACAGAAAAUCUCAUAUGUCAUUUCCCUGAAAGGUCUUGAUACAUUUCCUAGCACAUCUUUUUACAAAUUACAAGGAUAUGUUUAGUAAAAUUUGUGCAUAAUGUGGAUCUUAAAUUAAAUUUGUAGUAGCACGAGGAUGUGCAUAGCUACAAUUCAUCUGACUUGGAAAUAAGUUCAGAUAUCAACUGACAGGUUUUUUAUGUUUUUCCUCAGUCUUGGGUUUGCAGUAGGCCAGAAAUACUUCCUCCCUUGCUCCUUCCAGUUCAAACAUGUAACCUAUGGAUGAUUAUGUUUAUCGUUUCUCAUACUUGAAUUUAACAUCCUCCAUCUGCCUAUUACUUCUGAGUUGAUAAUUGUACAAAGUAAGAUUACUGUUAAAUCUAAGUGUUACCAUAAAUAUUAUUAUUAUUAUUAUUUUUAAUAUUGGCUGUUGUCCAUCAUCUUUGGAAGCUUCAAACGUGUCGUGGAAACUCUGCUUCUGUCAUCAGGUAAUGGGAGGAAGGUUUCUCCUCUAUUGAAUGUGCUGAAAAGAACUAGUUGAGACCUGGAUUAUAGUUAUUGGUACUCUAAAAGAAUGUACAUCUAUUGAAAGUGUUUCCUGCCACCUUCACUUGAUUCUUUUGAAACAUCCGGUUUCUGAUAUAGUAAUAUCUCAUAAUCAUUUUAGUCAUGUAACCUGUCAAGUGGCUUUCUGGUCCUGGGCCUUUAAGUACGUGAUCUUUGUUUCCUCUUUUAAUGUGUAUUCUUUUACCUCGAGACAAUGACUGUAACUCAGCUGUCAUUUUAUUGUGUAUUUUGUGAUGUAAUAAUCUUUUCAUAAAACACAUAGCAUGCAUUCCUUUUACAACAUCCCUUUUUUGUUUCCACUUUAAAGCCAUCUGAAACUAUUUUCCAUCACCAUUAUUUGAUUCAGUGGUUCAUGUUGGAUGUGAAGAAUUGUUACUCUAAGAAUUAAAAUGUUUUCAAGCAUGUUUUUUAUGUAAUCAUAUUAAUAAAUAAUAAUGGCAAUUUUGCUUGGUUUUUGCAAGAUACUGUUAAUAUUGUAAAAUAAUAUGACUUUAAGAUAAAAUGAGAAUUACAUUAGUAGAUACAGCAUUUUUUCUGUAGUACUUUGCUUUAGCAGAGCAGCAAACUCUUGACUUUCUACAGAUCGUUGGUUUUUAUCUGGAUCUUUGCUUUGACAUUUUAUAAAGGUUAUUUGAUGGUAAAUAUCCUGUGAUUAUGUUUUAUUGCUAAAUACAUUCUGUACCUGACCAUUAAGUAUUUUAUAUAUGCCAGGCAUUUCCAACAUUUAUCCAGACAUUCUGCCAGUUGUAAAUUGUGUUAUUUUGGGAGAUGUGUGAAGUCUUUCUGUGGCUUUGAAGCAUUUAAUUUAUUUACAGCUACUAUAGUUUAUAUCUUUGUCACCUCCAUCCCCUCUAGUGUGGUGAUGUAAAGUGAAGAUGAUAUACUGCCUAUGGUUGUUCUGGAGGUCUCCCCCUUCUGUUCUUCCUACAGUGAUGCAAGACUGACCAUUCAUGACCUUUGCCUUAUCACCACAUUCAUUGUACAUGUGUGUACCAUCUGCUGUGUGGUGAGAAAUUUAUAGUAUUGUGUGGGACAGAUAAUUCACAGGUUAUUUACCAAAUAUAUCAAUUACAGGUAUCAGUCAGAUGUGAGGGUGACUAAAUUUAUAAUUGGAAAUGAUGAUGGAGGAACUGAUCGUGGCCUAGUUCAUGGAGCUAAGGAGGAUUGAGGAAAACUGUUGAAACGAAUAGAAACUACCCUGGCCAGUAUUUGAACAUCUCAAAAAUUAGAAAGCUUCUUGUAGCAGGAACCUGUAUUGCACAUUGGGUCUUGUUGGUGAUACAGUGAAAGGCUUCAAAUUAACCCUAAUUGUUUUGUUAAGUUAUGUUUGUUCUAUGCAGUUUCAGCUUAUAUGGCCAUAUCCUGAAGCAGAUUUGGCACAUAGUGAGGGGACAGUUGCAUUGGGUUGAUCUGCUUGAGAAGGUAAUGCUGACAAUUUAGUCCAACGUUCAUUCCAUACUAGUGCUUUCAAUUCACUUCUGAGGCCAAAGACUAAUUUGUUUUAACAGUUUUCUUCCAUCUGUCCAGAGAAAUGCCAAAAUAAUAUCUUGAAACAGGCUGAAUUUCUGUCCACAGCCUCUGAAAUUCAUCAUCUGCAGUCAUUCUCCCAUUUACCACGAUGCAAUCUUCUCACUUAAGAAUUUUUUAAAUCAGUUAUGGAAAAAAAGGGGGGGGGGAGCAAGCAAGCAAGCAUCUAAAAUUGGUUCCCCAAGAUUUAAUGAGCAUCUUUAUAUUUCUAAUGAUGACCUCUUUUCAACUGUGGAAAUUUAUGCAUGCUACUAAAUUUUAUGGAUACUUGAAAAACUGUGUUCAGAUAUAUUUAAAAACAGUCGGACUGUUGAUAAAGUUAAGCAAAAUAAUUUUAAAAAUACUAAUUAAGUUUUCAAAUUUUCAUUUGUGGUAUAUAAUACUAUGUAAUGUGUAUGACAAGAGUUUGCUGUGUUAAUAUAUUCAUUUUUGACUGUAAUCAGUAAAGUGUUUCUUUAUUUGUGAUUGUUUUAACAAGUGUGCCAAAUAAAAUGCAGUUGUUAGCUGUUAUAUCUGUGUGAGAAGGAGCUUGGUUUUAAGUGCCACAUUUAGGUGUGAUGAAUGUGUUGGACCUUUCUUGCAGUCAUACUAAACUUCAGAAACAGGAAAAAGGUGUGGUUAUUGUGAUUUUCAUAGCAUCUACUUGAAGUGAUGUAAUUUUAACAUCUGUAUGUAUUAACAUGUUUUACAUAUUAAUAUAUCUGAUGUAUUCAUUUUUAUAUGUACAGUAUAUGCAAGUAAAGUAAAUUAGAAUUGUU